AUUACAUAGCCUCGAUGAAGAAACAGCUGAAAGAAAUGCAGAAAGACGCGGAAAAUAUUCCAAAGUUUCAUCCGGCUUGGAAGGAAACAACUCCCUAUUCGCAAUUGAAAGAUCAGGUACCAAUUUUAUCAUGUGAAUAAUAUUAAGUUUAUACAUAGUCUUACUAGGGAAAGUUUUUACUUUUACUUAAUUUGCGUAUUUCGCACACUUUGAAGCUCCCUAACUCGGAAACAAGAUCUAUUGCGAGAAAUUUUUUUCUUGAUCUGCAAUCAGAGGGUCCUAGAGUACACUUUAGCAAAGUUUCAGCAAAAGUUCAACCGGGGGGUAAAAAACGUUCCCUGGUUAGGGAAAACUUUGAGUUUUAUAUUCAUGAUCAAAAAAAAUCACUAUUCUCAGAGUCAUUUCAUCGGCUGUUAUGCAGCAUUUUUUGUUGUUUUUGCCUUUUCCCCUAUUUCUCGAGCCUUCAAAACCCCAGAAAAAAGGAAGGCUCGAUAAAGGGACUUUUUUUACUGCCUUUCUGCGGCCUUUUUAAAGCACCUCCCCUUUUGCGGCCAUUAUCCACCAUUUCGACUUUUCCCGAGCUGGCCAGUUUCUAAAUAACUCCAAACCGUAAAAUGACCUUCUUCGUGAGGAUGUUCAUCUAAUUUUAAUUUUUAACCUUUUUCAAUUUUUGAUUAUGAAAAAAAAAUUCAGAAAAUUGAUUGAUGUCGUUUUUCAGAAGCCGUUGCACAAGGAUAUGCAGUGGAUUAGCCGGGUUUUGAAUCAUGCGGACCAGAUCCUCGAAGAGAACUUACGAGAAAGAGAAAAAGUACAGAGGAAAAUCCAAGGCCUAGCCGAUGAAAUGGAAUUAUCGUUGCAAGACGAACGCGCGAUUUACGAAAAAUAUAUCAGAAAACUCGAGAAAAAGCUAUGCUGGAAUAGCAAGGUUCACCUUAGCCAUUGCGUAACAUGCGAACUUACGAAUAAUGAUAUCGAGACAAGACGCCUCAUACACAAUGACGAGGUUUUUUCGAUCGAAAAAAGUUGGAACUAUCAAAAAGGUUCUCUGAAGUCGUUGGAUAACGUUCUAACUGACGUUGAAAGAGCGAAAAGACAGUUUUGGCGAGAUAUGAAGAGAAUUAAAGAAGAAAUCGAGUUUUCGAGUAGCAUUUCGCUGUCAACUCCUACAAUGCAAUCUUUCGAGGUAGUCCAGCACAGAUCGAACUUGGAGCAUAAGGUGAGCUUUUUUUUCGAUAGUUUAGGGUCAAUUUGAAUGAACUUUCACGCUUGGCAGAGCUUCCCAUAAAUUGAUUAUUAACUUCAACUUCAACUUUUUUUGUUCACUAACUAAGCUGAUAGACUGAAAUAAUUCAAAACUAAUUAAAACUAAAAAUACUUUUUUUAAAUUUAAGAGCCGCAAUUAGCCUUUUAUACGGAGUUUAGAGAAGAAAUUCACUGAAAAUUAUAUAGCCAGCAGGUGAAAUUUCGCCUAAUACCUAAAAAGAUAACUGGAUAUUUUUGAGAAAUUUAAAAAAAUAUUUAUCCGGUUUUUUUCAGUCUCUAACUUCUUCUCAGUACCAGCAGCACUAUCAAAGCUCUCCUGAUUCCCAUAACCUUUCUAUUGUAAGUUUUUUAGAUCCCCGUCAAACAGAUUUAUGCUCAACUUACAUACAUAUAGAGAUAAAGAAAUCAGAAAUAAUUUUCAAAACUUAUACUUCAGUAUUGCUUUCUCCGACUAAACAUUAAAAACACCGUGGAUUUCACUGAAAAUCCUUCAGAUCCUUUUUUGCGAUUAAUCAUUUCACUUCAUCUUCAGUUCACACUUUACUAAUUCAUCGCAUUGAACUAACCUAUUUUUAUCAAUUUUCAGAGUGGGUAUGCUUUCCAAUCUUCAUUCAACAGCAACUGCACCACUAACUAUUCUUAUGUAAGCUUUUAAGCCUUAACAACUCCCAAAGUACCUAAAAAAUCCCUUCAAUUAGUUUUGUUUUUCAUUCAAGUGAAAAUUGAUCUAAUGCGAGCCUGAAAAUUGCACUUUGAAUACAAUUUACAUUCAGACUGCAAUUUCUACUAACGCUCCGAUGCACGCUUCAAAUUAUCAUAGUCAGGCUUUAAUACCUAUUGUGAGUUUUAACGCCUUUAAAAGUUUCCAUGAAGUAAAACAUACUGUUUAUUGCAUCUUCAAUGAAAGAAUACAUGUGCAAUUCAGGGUUGCACGGAAUUCCGUUACCCGUCUUCCGCUUACCCGUCUUCCGCAUACAUUUCUCUUCCUUAACCCGUGUUCCGUUUUAUGCAAAAACUUUUUUUGUUCCUUAACCCGUGUUCCGUCUUCCGAAAAAAAUUUUUUUGUUCCGUAACCCGUGUUCCUUCUUCCUUUUUUGAAAAUUUCACUUCCGCGCAACCCUGGUGCAAUCGACUUUCAUUGGUUUAACUGUGUUUAAACGUCGGUAGGAGCUGUGGCUUAGGCAGAGAAGUUGUGAAUUUCGCUCGUAGAACAUCAGGUACAAGGUCGUAGGAAGAAGUACGGUGCCGGCUUUCCAAAAGCCGUUGGCAGAGAUUGAGCAUUUUCGCUGCAUGCAGCUUCCAAUUUUAUCUACCCCGGAGGGAUGAAAGGCUUGGUCGAUCUCGGGGGGACUCGAACCUACGACCUCGCGGACGUUAGAAAUGAGUCUUUACCAGCUGAGCUAUGCCGCCCCAAGUAAAGCAUAAUCCCAGGAGUUUUCAAAUUUCCCAACAGGAAUUCCAACUCUAUUAAGACAAUUCAUUGAACUAACCUAUUUUUAUCGAUUUCCAGGGUGGUUAUGUUCUCCAAUCUACAUCCGAUUUCGCGAACCACAACCACACCACUAACCUUCCUAUUGUAAGCUUUACCUCACCAAUUACCAAAGAAACUCGCUCGAUUAAUUUCACAUGCAAGUGAAAAUUGACUACAAGCUUACCUUUUUUUGAAUUGCACUAAUUGAAUUAAUUUUACGUUCAGGCUGCAAUUUCUACUAACACUCCGAUGCACGCUUCAAAUUAUCCUAGUGAGGCUCUAAUACCUAUUGUAAGUUUCAAGCUUUCAAAACUAUCCGGAGUAGAAAAAAAUCAAUUUAAGGCUUUUUUUCAAUUUUGGGGAUUAAACCGCUUUUAAGAGGUUGAAUUUUCGAAAAAUGCGUUUUUCAGACGGGAUCUUCCUCUACAACUCAGGAUUACGCUUCAAUCCACCCAAGCCCUGUGAGUUUUUCACAUAUUCGAUUUUCAAAGAGCCAGAUCUAACAUUUAUAUAUUUUAAAGAUAUGGAAAAAAACUUCUCACAAUUUUCCAGCAGGAAACUCCACAUUCGCCUCAAUUUCAAACUCCGCCCUACCCAACUACUGAUCCUCAUCCGGCCUCACAGUUUCGAAAGAAAGAUGAAGAAGUGAAUAAGAGGGAGCUCUUGAACAAAGUGAUCGAGCAGCAAAAGGUCCAAUAGCUUCUACAUAACCUCCUGUAUUUCGAAUACUUUCAGUUUGUGGAAGAAGUCAAAAAGGAAACAGAGAGCAUGAGUAUGGCCGAUAUGAUGCGAAGAUUCGGCAUAAAGGUACAAUGUCAAAAGAAACUUUCUAAGACAUUAACUUAAUUUAUUUUUUUAGUUCAAAAUUUGGGAACUUUUUUUCGGCAAAAUUUUUUUCUGAAUUUUUUUAUAUUAACAGGUUUAAAAAGGGUCCAUGUCCACUUUAAAUGAUGAUUAUUAGACAAAGAAACAACAAAAAUUAAAAAUUAACAGAUUUUCUCCACUCACGACAUCUUGAAAUACCAAUCGCCUGAUUUUGGACUACAAGAAAUGAGUGUUCCAAAAAAUGUUCACGCAUUUCAGCCUACGGUCGAAUUUUUGAUUUAACUUUCCUGAAAUGUAUUUCAGGUCCUCUUGAUUCCAAAACAUCGAAAGAAUGCUCGCAAUAGUUCUUGCUUUUGUGAAGCUUCGAAUUUUGCAAAACACGCAAAUUAUGGCAAAAAAGAAACGCAUUUAAAGAUUUUGAAGCGUUUUAACUUAAAAACAGAACUAUUGCGAGGAAAUUUUUCCUUUUUUUCUGUAAUUAUAAGAGCAAGAUUUUUCUUGUUAGUACAACUGGGGACCAAAAAACCGUUCCCUAGUAAGAGCAAAACAGUGUAUUAAAAAAAACAUUUCAAACAAAUGAAAGUGCUCCAAAAUUUCACACGAGUUUUUGUCCUACUGUUAGGGGGCGCGAAGCCCCGCCCCUUCACGCCACCAAAAAGAUUUUUUUUUGUUGCAGAAACGGUUUUGAGGCGUUUAUACUAGCUAAAGUUCCACUUUAAAAAUAAACUGUUUCUGUUAACGUAUGUAAUCGACAACACUCUACAAGACUGAAAAACUUUUAAACUAUGUAUUUUUCAAAAAUAAGCGAAAAAGUAAGAUUUAACACAAAAACUGACAAGUUUCACAAAAAUCGUCGCGUUUCUGAAAACCAAGUGAGGAACGCUUCCGAAUUUUGAGUAUGUUAUACAUUAACAUUUUUCUUUAUUUUUUUGAAUAAAAAUUUAAAAAUCUAACGACGCGAUCGAAGCUCGUAAAGUGACACCAAACUUUGAAGCUGAAAUGCGAAAAAAAUUUUUCAGCGACAUGGUAUACUUUUUAUUUGAUUGAAUAACUAACAGUGUGUCCAAAAAUAACAAUUCAAAAUGAAAAUAAUUAUUGGGACAGCGAAUCAAAUUAUAUUUGGAUUUUACCAAAACCUCCUUUUUUUCGCCUGCCUCCUUCACGCAUGAGAGAAUAGGAUCGCGUCUAUACUUUUUGAUCAGGUUAUUAAGCGUUCAAAAACUCUAUCAAUGAAAAAAAUUAUGAAAAAUCAAACGACGCGAAAAAAAUAACGGCUUUGAAAACCUCGAAAAAAAUGGCAAUUUUUGAAAUUUUGGAAGAAUUCGUGCAAGCAUUCGUAGCUGUGUUUGCGUCAAAACACACCGAUGCGCCAUUUUAAAUGUUGCAGGAGCCGUUUUUGGAGUCAAAUUACACAUUUUCACACGUUUUAUUUCGAAGUAACAUUAUUUUUUUCACUUUUUUUCUUUUUCCAAACCAAAUGAUAAUAAUUUUUUUCUGAUUAGAAAAAAAGAAAAAAAAUAAGCUGAAAAAUUCCUUCUAACCUUUUUUUCUAAGUAGUUUUUUUGAUAUUUUUAUCAAAAAUUCUUAUGAGGAUUGUACAAAAGAUUCAUACCAAAACAUGAAGCUCAGUCCGGACAACCUCUCAGAACAGAAAACCGAUUCGAAAACGGUUCAGAAAUGCGCAAAAACAUUUAAAAAGAAAGCGUGCGGCAGCGGAUAAACCGUGAGAUUUUGCCUCCAGUUGAACGCCGCGCGCGCUAGUUUUUUGCCCAUAACUUUUUUCUUAGUGGAGCUUUUUUCUAAAACUGAACGGAUUAUGAAAAUGGACAGUCUCCUCUAUCGAACAGUGUAAAAAACAUACUUUUUGGAUCGUUUUGAAGAAAUGCGUGUAUUUUCUUCACAUUCCGUGUAUUUUCUUCACUCGAAUUGGUAGCUCUCUCAGUCGACCGAGGCUACCCUAGAGUGUACACGAAGUCCGUGCCCGAGCCCCACCAUCACCGCCGUGCCCGUACCCGCGAAACUGAGGGAUCAACUUGUGGAAGAGCGAGGAGAAGGACCGUAAGACCAUGCUUUCAAUCCAAUCGACUACACGUUUUGACUUCUUUUUCGCCAAAGGCGGUGUUAGUGCCGCUCAAAAGAGCAAUUUUUUCACCGCCUAGUCGAUUCCAUCUGACUAAAACAACCAAUAAAUAUUGUAUUGUAUAAAUGGCUUGCGGACCCUACCUACUGUUAUCUUCAAUGCGAUUUUUCUUCAAUUUUUUCUCACAAUAAAUAUCCCACAAGUUUGGGCUUAACCAAAUCUAUCGUUGAAGAUAGACGAUGAUAUUCCACCGGUUGAGCCUUCCAGAGAAGCUGUUUCUCAAGAGCCAGAGCCAAUGGACACUUCAGAACCGGUUCGUCUCCAUUCAAACUAUUACUUUUUCUUACGUUUCAGCCACCUCCAACACCUCCACAAAGUGAAAAUAAACCCCAGAAGAAGACUCUCCCGCGAUUCGAAUUUCUCAACAGACUUCCCUCAUCGGUUACAAGAUAUUUAUUUUAAAAAAUUUUGAAAUUCCAGGAGGAACCAAAAAUCUGGCAGAAACUCGAAAUUAUGCCGACAGCAAGGAAAAAGUCAAAACGUCAUCAAAACUCAGUGGUAAAUAUUCAGAAAGAUCCGAAAUUCCCAAUAAUCAAGUAUGAGCAAUGUGAAUCGCCCAUCAGACUUUUUCAGAGGAACUUCAGACCUCUCAGUAGGAGUGAAAAAAACAUUUUUUUCCAUUUUUUUCCAAUAUUUUUCCAAGCUUCUACAAACUAGUUUAGAAAAAAAUCCGCAUAUUCAGAUGGGAAAAGUCGCAAUUCACACACCGAAUUCUUGGGAAAGUCAGCCUCGCAAGGAGAAAAGCGACAUUGGUGAGUAUUGA